GAUGAGUGAGUAACCUUUGUGUGUUUUUGUUGUCGUUUUCAAACCCCACGCGCAGGUAAAUAACAAUGCAUGCAAUGUGAAUACCGAUGACAUCCAUUCGUUUGUUGAAAGGGGAAUAUAAUGCAUCAUUUUCAUCCUGUGAGACAGUAACGCAGCUGCUACCACACAUUUGAAGAAAGUAGUCCCUCCGUCACCGACGUGUGGGCGAGUCACCGCGUAUAAAUACGCCGGGUUGUCAAACAGUAAAGUUUCUCUGGACCUUCCACGCAAACUGUCAGCUGAAGACAAACUGGGAAACCCGGAGGCCAUCUGAGAGUCGGGGCAGGAGUUAUGACGUUCAACAACAACAACAACAACAACAAGGAGAAGCAGCAUCCGGUGGUCAGCGACUGAAUCAACCGCUCGACACAGUCGCCUCGGAAUAUACGCACCGGAAUUACGAGAGAAACGCAGGAGCUCGAGAGAAGCUCGCGCACCGGUAACGAAAUCCUUCGCCUGGAACGAAUGACCGCACCGGUUCAGCCUUUCGCUUGACGACCCCGCUUUUGUUUAUCGUCCGUUCCCCCGCUGCGUGUGUUUGCUGAAGUGACCAAUCCCGAGUCCGUCUCGCUGUCACGGCUGUUUCCCAUCGUGCACGUUCACGCCGAGGAGCUACUCUCCCCGUCGCUCGGCGUAUGGCGGUGAUCCCCAGGUGCACCGUGUUCCCUUAUCACCACACAGGGAAGCCUGGAUAUGAUGCACCUCCGAGCUCACCCCCCUCCCCCUGCAUAUUUACCUCCACCCGCUACAUACGUUCAACAUGCUCCCCAUUGAAAGGGCUCCAUACAUAUCAACCUGGGAAAUGAGAAAUCCCGAUAGUGUCGUACGCCGUUGUGUUGAUGUUAUGCGUGCGUGCGCGUGCACGUGUGCGUCUCCGUGUCAGCCAGGCCUCUAUAUGUUGUGCUUGACCCUCGCUUCUAAUCCCAUCGGCCUUCUGCUUUUCGUCAAUCCGCUGUGUUGGUCGCUUGUAAAGCUCGCUGAGGAUGUGCUGCUCCUCUACGAUGACGUGCGGUGGACACUUCGCCGCACGCGGUGCCACGCAGCUCUGGUGAUGAGUCGGUGUAAACAAAAAUGGCACUAUGUUUUCUGCUGUUGCUCGGGCGCUGCAACAUCAGCCCUGUGAAAAUGAAUCUAGCGCCUUUUAGUAGCUGUAUCCCAAAUCUGCAGGUGAGGAAUAUGAGAUGUGGGCAUAGCAGCGGGGAUUUAUGAUUCCGGGAACAUGCCAUUUUUGUUAUUAUUUUUCAUUAAAAUGGAAGUCUGUGGUUCACAAUUUAGAGCAACAAAUCUGUGCUUAUUAACUGAGCUGGUUCUUUGAUGUCAUUGGAUGACAUUGGAUAUCUUGUGCAUCCUGCAGUUUCCUUUUUAUGAGGGAAAUACAGCUGUAGGUAACUUGUGUGCACACGAGGCAUUUAGUGACGGUUGCUGUUUCAGGUCAUGGAGCACGUGUGCUGGAAGAUCCUUUUUCUAGUCACUUCUCCUCUUUAACUCCGGCAGUGGAAAGCGAAUUUGCACCAUUUGAUGAUGCAAAAUGGGGCCCUAUUUAUAGUGCGUUAAGACCAACCCCCUGCCUUUGCCUCAAUGUCACCUUUUUCAUAUAAUGUGGGGGAAAUGUACAUCUGGUCUUGUACCGUCACGCCCACAGCGGCAUCCGGCCUGUGCUGCUUUAUCUGUAAUAACAUUAGAAUUGUCUUUAUUCAGAGCCGUCUUCCUAAUCUUUGCUGCCAAAGCCCCAUCUGGCGGGGAAGUGAAUUUGGGACCCGACAACGUUGUUGCAUACUUGUGACCACGAAAGACGGCCUGCAACGUGCUGCCCCCGCCUUCAAGGACGGUGCUAACGCGGUGCAGCCAUGCAUCUGGAGGUGAAGGUCGCCCUCAACUUCAUCGUGUCCUACCUGUACAAUAAGCUGCCUCGACGUCGAGCCGACCUGUUCGGCGAGGAGCUGGAGAAGAUACUGAUGUCUCGUUUCCAGGGUCACUGGUACCCAGAGGCGCCUCUCAGGGGCUCCGCCUUCCGCUGCAUCCACCUGGGAGCCCCGAGGGACCCUGUGGUGGAGUUGGCCGCCAAGAGAAGUGGCCUGGACACGGAGGAGGUGCGCGCAAAUGUUCCUGCAGAGCUCAGCGUGUGGAUUGACCCUUACGAGGUGUCCUACCAGAUCGGGGAGAAGGGGGCCGUGAAGGUCCUCUACCUGGAGGACCCGCCGGGCCUCGGCUGUGGCAGCGAGCGGGCCGAGGGGCUGAUCAGAGAGGGCAAAGGAGAACCGGAGGCGGAGGAGGCCAAGAGUCUGGGCUUCAACCCCGAAGCUCAGGUGUUCGUGCCAAUUGGGAGCCAGGUGUCUCCCGCCCUCAUGCCGUCGCUCUCCAGCUCUCCCACGCCGCUGCCGGCCCAGCCGGGCCCCGGGCUCUUCGCCUACCCCAGCCCCAGCACGCCGCCCGACCCCGCCGCCCACUCCUCAAACACCUCCACCCCGUCGCCUCCCAGCGGCGGGCUGCCCUACCUCUCGGCUCAGCAGCCGGCGCCCGCGCUCCCCGCCGCCCGUCCUCAGCCCAUCACGUUCACCACCGCCAGCUUCGCCGCCACCAAGUUCGGCUCGACCAAGAUGAAGAAGUGCAGCGGCGGCGGGUCGGCGGGGGGCUCCGGCGCCGUCGCGCCGCCCGCCCAGAGGAUGCUCGACCACUCUCCCACCAACGUCUCGGCGCCGGAGCUGCUCAAGCACAAGCCCCUGUCCCUGUCCCUGCACUCCCUCGGUGGUCCCAUCGCCAGCCAGCUCUCCCCCAACGCCAAAGAGUUUGUCUACCCAGGAUCCCCGGGCCACCUUUACUUCGACGCCGACACCGGGCCGUUGCAGCCGCUUGCUGGCCCGUUCCAACCCCCCCACGCUCUCAACACCCACCUGUCCUUCGACCCGUUCUCCAGCCCUUCCCCUGCCCAGAGCGCGGGCGCCAUCGGCAGCAACGGAGGAAUCCCCUACAUAGAGAAGCCGCCAUUUGUCGAGGGUUUAGGAAGCUACAACCUGCAAUACCCGAGCCAGCCCUUCCAGCCCGUUGUGCUAGCCAACUAAGCCUUCAUUUGUAACCAUACAAAUUGUUGUAGGAGGUGGAUUUGAUCAGCGACGCUCCAGAUCUUUUCUUUUUUUUUUUCUAAGAAAUUAUUACUAAUAAAAGUUUAACUACAAAGAUUUACAAAACCCUGUCCACUGAAUAAUUCAUGUGCUUUUGUUCCUCCAUGCCCCCCCCCCACUCUGCCCUGUAGGCCCUUUCUGUUACUCCUCAUGGUCUGUGUAGGCUUGCUAUGGGAGGGGUCCUUUCCACCUUGAGUCGCCAAUAUCCUUCUUUUUUUUUAAAUUGAAUGUUAAUGUGAGGGACCUUUUUCUUUUUUCCUCUCUUGACUUGUUGUUUAAUGGACCCGGAUAUAGUGUAGCUCCAUUUUGCAAUGCACUGUCAUGCUGUGAAAAAGGACCUCGCCAAGUCCUGCAGGGGCGAACGCUGUGGAAAAGCUCAGCACUGUGCUCUGCAAUCUGCUCUGCCCUACUUGCAACAAAUACAGUGUGGGGGGGCUUUGCUGUGAGAGUGCGUAGUCCUGCUCUGUUGUGGUUCAGCGUGAUGGAGAGACCCAUCGUUUGUACGUGGGCCCGUUUCCCUUUAAAGUCACUCGUGCUCACGCGAUAUCUGUGGUCGCCGGGGCGCAUAGAUCUCCGUAUAUAUAUAUAUUUGAGGCAAUUUAUCGUCCGCUGGCAUGAGUUGAGAUGAAGCGAGAGCAGCGGCGGGAGUAGAAAGACGGCGCUGGGGUGUUGAGGCAGUGUGAUGUAAUGAGAUGUGUUGCAGCCCUCAGAGGAAACCACAGCCGGGAAGGUCGGGGACACCUUGGUCAAUGUGAAUAACUAUAAAUCUGUAUUUUAAGACCACUUUGGGAUGGUUUCACGUGUUCAAAUGGGGAGACCGAGAAUGCGAGCAAGAAUGCACAAUUCCACUCAGCUGUGUGUGAAGAUGAAGAGGCGAAAGGGAUGCAGCAGUAGGAUUGUGAUUAAAUUGCUAAGCGUGACUUUGACUAUGAAGGAGAGGUUUUCUUCUGCAGGAACGGCGAGACUGAGAUGAGAGAGAGAAGGGAAGACCGAUGAAAACGGAUGAGAGGGAGAGCGCAGCAGCAGUAUCGGCUCCGAGAGCGACACUUUGAAACCCAGAACACGUUUCUGGUGAGCUUAAAUGGUAUUGAAGCCAGAGGCGCACACUAUUCUCUGCCCAUCCCCUUGUAAGUCUUCAGUGAUCUGUGGCUGUCAACAAUGGGAGGAAAAAACAAAACAAAAUCAUAAAGUCUCCCCCAGUUAUGUGAACAAAGAUGCAGAAGCGAAUGCUCUUCACUGGCUUUUCUUGGAUAUCUUGUCAGAUCUCUGCAAGUCUGCUGUUGUGCAACAAUGGUUUAUUUACCAGCAGAGUCCACGUGAUUGUCGGUCAGUCACUGCAGGGAAGUGUAACUCUCAGAUGUCCAUUCGAGCUGUCCAGCACUUUAUUACUGGACCUGUGUGUCGCCCACAGGCACGAGCGCCGGCACCGUUCCUUUGCCCCCUGUUUGGAAAUAGCACAUUUUAGUAAGCCACCAUGAAAUACUUUAGAGAUUCAAACGGGCGCUUAAUUUGUAUUCAAGGGCAUCACACUGGUGACGAGGGGCAGUUAGUCUUGUCCCUUUUUUAUUUCAGUGUUUCCCAGGCAACGUUUCUGUAUAAAAGCCCCCGUGGACCCUUGACUUGUGCUCAUGAUGGUUUUGCAAUGUGACAGCUUGUCAUACGCAUGCGAGUUUGUGGUUCUUUUCUUUUUUUUCCAAGGGGAAUAGGUGGAGAGGUACACAUUGUGAGGGGGGGAAAAGAUUUAUAGUUUUAUGUUUUGUAAUUUAUUUCUGUAUUUGUUUUUUGCAAAAUGAUCACUUACAUUUGUAUGAGUGAGACGCAACAAGUCCAGGAAUAUGUACAAAGUUCUUAUGUUCAGAUUCUUUGUUUAGUUUCUUACAUGCUGAGGUUAUUUUUCAGAAAAUAACAUGAAUAUAUGCAAACUGAGACAAAAUAAAGAUGUACAGAAUAAAGUAUUGAAUGUGUAUUGUACCUUGUGCAGCAUUUGUCUAAUAAGACGGGUAAAUGUAUUUGUUCUUCGAGGUGGAUUUGAAGCUUAAGCUGUGAAUGUUUACAGUGGGUUUGUGUAGGAAAGGAUGGCUGAUAUCACUUAUUUCUCUGCUCCCAGGGCAGCCGGACAACACUACUCCCAUAGGCAGUACAUUUAAACCAAAAAUCUUUCAGUGCAAUGUUCAUUUCCCCUUUUUAUGGGAAUUCAAUGCAUCUUUGGGUCAUUCCCUUAUUUUUCCUCUAAAAGAAUAGUGAAUCACUGGGGGGGGUAAAAAAAUAUAUAUAACAAACUGAACAACCCCCUUUUUUUUUUUUUUUUUGUCUCUGCUACCGGAGUACCUGGACCCACAGAUAUUUUGACCUCCAGCUUAUGUGUCCCGCCUCAGUGGGUCGUCCGCCAGUCCUUUGGUCCUGAUACUAUAGCCAUAUAUCCCAGACUGUCUUCACUUACACAGAUGCUCAACCUUAUCCAGUGCAAUCUAAUGCCAUAAUUUAAAAUUACCCUGAAGAAUUCAAGCGGUUUCUACCUCUUUGCACCUGGGAAUAAAAAAAAUAAAGAACUCUCCACUUUAGGAAGACCGUGUUACAGCAGGUUCAGAAGGAUGAAGGAAAUGAAUGUCCUGUGAAUGUGAUCCGUUCGUCAGCUCUGGUUCACAUGGCUUGUGGAAAAUAAAUAACCAGACUGCGUGUGUUUGUCUUAAAAACCUUUUUUAGCCUGGUACGUGUUCAAAAUGUCAACGUGACCACUUUUUGUUUUCCUUAUUUGUGCAAUUAUUCCAAACAAGAAUUCCCUCUGUACAUAUCUGGCUGGCGAGGUGUCCCAGGAUGUGAGGGAUUACUGUAAAGGCUGUUGUGCCCCUUGUAUCCGUGCAGAGCAAUUGACUAAACGCAGGCCAUGCUGCAACCAGGGUUGACCAUCAAUGAGGGAAAAAAAACAAGAAUUUUGUAUUCUGAUGUCCUUUUGCUUAUAUCGACGUGUGCGUUUUAUUUUGCACAUUGGGAUAUUUCAUUGUCAUAAAGUUUAUUUUCUAUGUGAAGUUCAACAUUUAACAUUAAAAUAGUUAAGUCCAGAUGUAUAAAUAGUGCUUUCUUUCUGCCUGUAUUUUAUUAUUUUUCCUAUUUUGUAUGAACUGUACACCCUGUAGAUGUGUUCUGAAUCUUUCACUACUGAAAUGCAAUGACCUGUUUUCUGUGCUCCCCCCUCCCUCCCCCCCAAGAAUGGGGAGUUACUACUGCAGUUUCUUAUUGUAUCAGAUUCUUUUCUAAGUUUGUAAUAAAAAAAACAGAUUGGCAAAAAGAA